AUUAUACUUAGGAAAACAACUCUUGGUCCGGCGAAAAAUGAGUUUAACGACCAAGCUGGAAGCGCUGCUGCGGCACGGCGGCAACCCGAACCUGUACUCGAACGAAGACCCCGGACAGCGGCGGCCGCUCCUUUGCUUGGCUAUCGAGGAGGCGGCGCGGACCCAGAAUUUCGACACGUGUCACCUGUUGCUGAACCAGCCCACGCUCGACCUGACGCUCCGCUGCGAGCCAGACUGUGUUUCGGAACCGUGCCGCAACAAGAACGCCCUCGAGCUCGCCAUCUUGCACGAUCUGCUAGGUCUCGCCAAGUUAAUGCUGAAAAAGAACCCGCGUUUGGUCCACGACGAGGUGAAGAACGGUGCUGGCUCAAGUUCUACUUCUGACACAAGAACGACAUUUUCUCGACGAGGACCCCAAAGCACCAGCAACAAGAUGAAACGAGUGUACCCCCUGCACCUCGCUGCCUUUCUCGGACGACACGAGAUGAUCGCGCUGCUUCUCCUCUACAAGGCGGAUGUCGACGUGGAGGACCGCUUUGGGCAGACGCCACUCUUUUUCGCGAAAGACGCGAAGACCGCAAAGCUUUUGUUGAAGCACGGCGCGAAUCCGGCACACCGAAACGAAAGCAGCCAGACCUGUCUACACCUUCUGGCGUCAAGUGGGCAUGCGCGCGCGCUGGAAACGGUGCUGGAAGAGAUUUUUAGUGGCUCGCCUGCAAUACAAGGCACGACUCUUGCCAACGAUGUGAUUGCAGCAGAGCGUCCGGGUUGUACGGUGCCGGAUGAAAGAACCGAAUACGAAUGUGAAGUAGAAGAAAAAAACGCAGAGGAUCAUGCCGGUCGUGAUGCGAGUAGUUGUGACGCCACCUUAUUGCAGGACCAGUGUGGUAGCGGCCCGAGACUAUUGAUUGACUGGCAAGACAAACAAGGCUACACGGCACUCCACUUUGCCGCCGGAAAGGGGGAGGAAGCCUGCUUGGCGGUACUCUUGGACCACGGGGCCGACCUGCAGUUGCGUACGCGAAAUUCGAAGAAAACGCCGAUCCUCUUUGCGGAGGCCCACGGCAAGGACGAGGCGGCUUACUACCUGUAAGUGCUGUAUGUCUAGACAUACAAAACAAGACGCCAUUAGUUUCUCAGGAUAUAAUCUUCUGUGGUGCUCGCGGGGAGCUAGGUCGUGAUUUAGAUUCAGCAAAAAAAGAUCAAACGCUAUCUGAAGAAAGUUACGCGAUUUUGUGAAGCAAUACACAUGAUAGUAUAUGCUGGCAGGACCACAACAGGUAUACUCGAUGGACGGGCUCCAGGCGAGCGCCGUGGCGUGAGCGCUUGGGGAACCCCCUGUUUCUCUUCGCAGUCGCUAUUCUCGUUGUGGGCAUGUACCUGCAGGGCUCUACGUUUUACGACUUUUUUCUGGAUUUGUGGUCUGACGGCGUUGGCAAUGUACCGGGAAGUACGGAGCGCUUUGGCGGGGGUAAAGUGCGGCCGCGAUUGCCAAGAUACCCGGCGAGUAGCGUGUAGCAGGCGAUUGGUUUUGCUAAGAGCGGUAUCUAGGUAUCUGGAGGUUUAUUUGAACAAGUAGGUAAGUGUUUUUUUUCAAGCAUGUUGAUAGUAGUGAUCCGGCGCAAUGAUAGAUAUUGAAACACAAGGAGUUGUACAGGGCCACACAGGUUCCAUACCGGUCUCAUGUUUUGCUGUGUCUGACCCGCCCGAAUCUUGACACGGCCAUAACUGCAUUUUGGAACAAGUAGUACAGCAUGAUCGACGCAUCAAGAAACGUCCAUCCCAUCAUGAAGAGCUUUCAGCUUUGCAAGCUCACCCAUCUGCCUGCAAUGAAAUGCUGAGCGGAUAACUACUGCGACCUGGUGUGUGAGGGGUGAGUAUGGUGGCCUUCACGGAGUUCUUUCCUUAUGUC